GAAAAAUUUAUUGGAUUAAUGAUCAGUAUAUACAGUUGUGUGCCAUAUAUAGCAUAUACAGUUUCUCAGUACAAGAAAAGCUAAAUCUAUGAUUUCCUUCCCCUUCUUCUAUCUCUUAGAAUAGCUUUUUGUCUUCAGCUAUUAAGAUUCUUGAUGCAUAGCUGGAUUAGCUGCUGCUUGAAAUCCACAGUUGACAGCUUCUUAUUGCAGAUGAAGUCCAUUCCAAGAUCAGUAGUAGCAGCCACAAAAUUAAGAUUUUAUUGUAAACUUUUUUAACCAUAAAAUCAUAAAUUCCUUCAAGGUCCACUAGAGCAAGUCUUCUGACUUCACAAAACUUGACAGUUGACACUUCUCCAACCCAUUCCCUGCAAAGUUUUUAUCAAAAGACAUGAAUAAAAAACAAAAUUGAAGCGGAUGUAUUAAACCAGACCUUUUCGUACUUUUAGCGCUCUGCUGCUAUUAUCUUUAUACUAUGACUUGAGUAUUUUUUUUGAAGGAAUGACUCAAGUAUUAUUAAUCCCAAAGUAUAUGAUUUAGGACCUGUGGCAGAUCUUGCAACCGAAAGUUGGGUGUUAAAAAAAAUUCAUGGUUAAAAUAUUGCACAAUAAUAAUGUUUGAUCUCACAAUUGAAUAAAUGUAGUUUUUCAACAACAAAAACUAGCAAAAAGUGUUAAGGGUAAAAAAUAUUACAUCAUCAUCAUUACCCCAGUGCCGCAAAGGCUCCCACAUAGAUGGGGUAUGGGGGUUCGAAUGUACACAGUCUUACCCCUGUACUAAAGCACAGAGAGACUGUUUCCGGAUGACCCAAGGUGAAAAGCGCGUCGAAAAUUGCAUGGACUGACUGGUGCUUCAUAACAAAGAAGCGCAGACAGUUUAGUGAGUCAUUUUGCUUUAUUCCAUCAUAUUCCCAAGCCAAAAAAUAGUGAAUCUUUAGCUCCAUUGCAAAUGAUGGAAAAAUAAGGGUAAAAACUAUUAUAUAGAAAAUAUAAUAUACUACGUAUAAAUUAUUACAUCAAUUCUAUACAUGUAUUUUUACAUUUUAUUUUCAAAACAAAGGGUGUCUGCCCUGUUCAGGACAUUCUCAUUGCGGCAAAUAAUAGUAGUAAUAUGAAAGUAGUGAUUGAAACAUUAUCACAGAAUAGUGAUCUGUUUUGAAACAAUUUCUUUUAAGUUAAGAGGAUUGCAGCCGCUAGAAUAUUUCCAAGCAACUUCACCUUUCAGUAUUAUAUGCUCAAUUUAUACCAAAAUCUCAUGUUUCUCAAUGUUUAAACCAAAACUGCAUGCUCUUUUCACUAACACAAUUGAAGCAACCUAAAGUAAAAUUCAUCACAUGUGUACCCCUCUCUCUUUUUCUUUAUCCAUUAUAGUCUCAAUGAACUACUUUAAACAUUGUAUUAAAUAAUGCAACUAAGAAAAAUAUAUAUAUGUUAUCAACUGUUUCUCUUUUAUUCCCCCACAUACUAGCUAGAAAAUUAGUGAAUAUUUAUUUUUAGUAUGUGCAUUUUAUGUUCCAUUCUUUUUUUUUUUCUUUUUUGCAUUGUGAGUGCAUUUUAUGCUCCAUCUCACUUUUAUAGUAGGUGCAUUUUAUGCUCCAUCCUACUUUGUUUUUUGCAUUGUGAGUGCAUUUUAUGCUCCAUCUCACUUUUUAGUAGGUGCAUUUUAUGCUCCAUCCUACUUUUUUUUUUUUUUUUGCAUUGUGAGUUUAUUUUAUGCUCCAUACUAUUUUAUUAUUCUCUAACUUUCUAUCUAGUAUGUGGUGAAAUAAAAUAGGAAUAGUUGACAAACAAGCUAUACUUUUCUAGGUUGCGUUAUUUAUUACCAUGUUUAAAAUGAUUCAUUGAGACUAUUAUGGAUGAAGAAAUAGAGAGGGAAGUACACAUAUGAUGAGAUGUACUUUAGAUUGCUUCAAUUGUGUUAGUUGAAAGAGCAUAAAAUUUUGAUUUAAACAUUAGGAAAUACGAGCUUGAGGCAUAAAUUGAAAACAUAAUGCCAAAAGGUAGAGCUAUUUGAAAAUAUUUUGGUAGCUGCCAUCUUCUCAUGACUUCAAAGAAAUAGUUUCAAAAUAAAUCAAUAUAUUAUGAUCAUAUCUCAUCACUAGUUCAAAAAUGUUUAUGAAAAAGUUAUUUUCCAUAGAUUAAACAUGUUUUAGAGGGUUGCAUAUGAUAAGAGAUAAUCCUUCAUAAUUACAUUAGAUAAUUAUCUUAGCAAUUAUCUAUAGUGUAUAUAUAUAUAUGAGGAAUGAUCCUGUCCAGCUGGAUGGACAGGACCCUCCUUUCGGCCGCCGCCGUUUGAGGUGGUUUCCGUUGGAAUUCUUUAAUGAAAAUUUUUGGGCAUGUUCUUCAUCAAAUCUAGUUUACCCACACAAAAUUUGAGUUUAAAACUCAAUCGAAAAGACAGUCAAAUAAGUUUUUCAAGAUAAUUGCGCAAAAAUAUAUUUACAAAACACAGUUAUUUUCAAAAAUUUAUUUGAUUGUCUUCCCAGUUGAAUUCUAAGCUGAAAUUCGGUGUGGAUAAACUAGACUUGGUGAAGAACAUGCUCAAAACAUUUCAUAAAACCGCUGCUGAUGAACUUGCUAUUCUUGGCAAAACUUUGGAUCAUGAAGACUUUAUUGAGAUUAUUUUAGAUGGUCUUGAUGAUGCCUACAAGCCUGUUAUUGAUGCUGUGGAAGGAAGAGAAUCUUGUAUUUCAUUUACUGAACUGCAUGAGAAACCUGUCAACCGAGACCUAAAACUCCAACAAAACACCCAUGAACCUAUUUUUUCUCUGUGUUACUGCCAAGUGCCAACACUGCCUCUCGUGGAUCCACACCGUUUAAUAGGACUCGUGGUUGUGGCCAGCACUCUGCCUCACAACGUAGCUCUCAGCCUGGCCGAUCAUCUGACUCUAGUUCAUCUUCAAAUUCUUCUGGAACUCCUUCCAGAUCACCCCCGUCCCUAUCUUGGUCACUGCCAAGCCUGCUGCAACCAGGGACGCACAGCUCACAACUGCCCUCUCUUCAAGCUUAUGUCAUUCUCUAAUAACGGCUAUCCCUCAAACCCCGAGUUCUUAUACGGUGUGUGUGUGUGUAGCAGGGUUGUGUAACUCCCGUUUAAAUAGAUGUAACUCAAGUUGAUAGGAAAUGUAACUUGAGUCAAGUUGAAAUGUAAGUCAUCUAAAAUAUUGAUUUCAAUGUGAACAAUGAAAAACUGAUCCUAAUUGCCCAAUUACUUUUUGUAAAUAGUGAAUAUGUUUUAUUUUUAAUAUUAGGGCUAUGAAAAAUGAUAUAGCUAAAAAAGUCAUUUUUUUAUCAUUAGCAGAGGUUUAUUUCGUGGUGUAACUCGCGUACAUUGAGAUGUAACCCAUGCAUAAACAGAUGUAACCCACGUAUAAGAAGAUUAACUUCAUAUAAUAUCAAAUGUAAACAAUGAAAACAAGAAAUUUAAUUGUUCAAAACAUAUAAUACGUUUUGUUUUUAAUAUUAAGACCAUAAAAAUGUUUUUAAGAAAAAUCAUUUUUCUAUAUGGAUGUGUUUAUUUGACCAAUAAAUGAAUUUAUGUUAGUUUUUAUGGAUAAAUUUGUUCUGAGUGCAUAGAAAUUCGAAUGUCCAUUCAAAAAGAAAAAUCUGAAUGUUGGAAACAUGAAAUAAAUCUAUUAUGUUGUGGCAGACCCAUAUGCACUACAAGACAAUUGGGGAGGAGCAUUGUGUGCGUUGUACAGAGUCAGAGAAUAGAGAUGAAGAUGUAUAGAAACGGUGAUGGAGAAAAAUAAAACGACGAAGUAGUUAAGGAGCAUAGAGGGUUUCCGUAAUUUUUUAACAAAAACUAUGUAGUUUUGGGAUCGGUACACCUUGAGCAUGGUGUGCCGAUCCCACGGUAUAAUUUGCCUCAAACCCCUUCCAGCAGUCUUAUCGACCACCAUGGCAGUCUCCACAAGCCCACAAUGUUAUUAACGCCGGAGUACUUGGCCCGGCUCCUCAUACUCCUUGGAUUUUUUACAGCGGUGCUACGCAUCAUAUCAGCUUAAACCUGGAUAAUCUUGCCUUGCAUACUCAUAACUCUGGCACUGAUGAGGUCAUAGUUGGCAACGGUAACAACCUUCCUAUUACCUAUACGGGUUCUAGCACUCUUUCCUCUUCUACUAGCCCGUUUCACUUAAACAAUCUUUUAUGUGUUCCCUCUAUUAGUAAAAAUCGUAUAUCCGUCUCUCAAUUAUGAAUUAACAAUAAUGAAUUAACAAUAAUACUUCUAUUGAGUUCUCACCGUCUUCUUUUGGUGUUAAGGGUCUCAACACGGGGGCAUCACUAAUUCAAGGCAAGUUAAAGAUUGCCUUUAUGAAUGGCCCACCUCUCCGCCUUCCCUUUCCAAGCCUUCUCUGGAACUAAAGUUACUCCAAUCAAUUGGCAUCAACGUCUGGGUCACCCCUCAUCCUCUAUUUUAUGUCACGUGUUAUCUAGGUUAAAUUAGCAAUAUAUGGUGCAUCCUCUCACCAUCACAAUUAUGACUCUUGUCAAUGUAACAAAAGUCAUAAAUUACCAUUUACUAGUUCUUCUCUUGUGAGCACUCAUCCUAUUGAAAUUAUUUUUCAAGAUGUAUGGGGUAUCUCCUGUUGUUUCUUUUGAUGGUCUUAAAUACUAUGUUAUCUUUGUUGAUCAUAUAUUAUACCAAGCAUGUCUAGUUUUACCCCAUAAAAAAUAAGUCUGAUGUCCUUUCCACUUUUCAAGCAUUUCGUCCCCUAGUUGAAAAUAAAUUUAUCAUAAAAUCAAAACCUUUUACUCAGAUAGCAGUGGAGAAUUCAAAGCACCACACCUCACCUUACCACACUUGGUUACUUCCACCUUACCUCUCCUCUUCAUACUCUCAAGCACAAUGGUUAUGCCGAGCGUCGUCACAGACAUACUGUUGAAACCGGUCUCACCCUACUUUAUCAAGCUUCCUUACCCCCACAAUACUGGUCUUAUGCCUUUUCCACUGCAGUCUAUCUUAUAAAUCGUCUUCCUACACACAGUGUUCAAUUCAAUUCUCCAUAUGAAUGCUUAAACCAACCUACUCCCAACUAUACUAAACUUCAUACUUUUGAGUGUCUGUUACUUUUGGGUGCGGCCUUACACUAAAUACAAAUUACAACAUCGCUCCAUUGCCUUCAUUUUUAUGGCUUACUCCCUCACUCAAAGUGCCUAUAUUUGUCUUGAUCCGGUCACCCAUCAUAUUUUUAUCUCCCGUCACAUUGUAUUUGUUGAAAAACCCAACUGACCCCUCAUAUACCUCCCUCACUUAAGGUACCCUGGGAAUCUCCUCACUUUAUUUUCCCUCACACUUGGCCACCACUAAGUAACCCAACUAGUUUGACUCAGCAUCCUCCUAAUUCUUCUUUACCCAUCCACAUGUCUGUCUCUCAUACCCCCUCUGCCACUUCUCUACCCUCAUCCGAGUUCAUCUCCUCAUGUCAACAUUCUUCUCAUUCCACACCAUGCAUGCAACCUUCUUCCUCAUGUCACAUUUCAUCUCCUAGCCCAUCUAUUCCUCUUCCCAGAAGAGUAAUUACUUGGCUAAUGAAUAAUAUAUCCCGUCUCAUACAAAACUAAACCUAAAUAUGUGUUCUUCCUUCUGUGCUUAAACCCCGUACUGUAAAGGAAGCGCUUUCCAAUUCCAACUGGAGACGCGCUCUGUCAGGGGAAUUUAAUUCUCUUGUUCGCAAUGGCACUUGGACAUUUGUUCCUCACACAUGCCGCGAAAAUAUUGUGGGAUUUAAAUGGGUUUUUCGUAUUAAACGCUUACCUGAUGGUUCUAUUGACAGGUACAAAGCUCGUCUUGUGGCUAACGGUUUCCAUCAACGCCCCAGAGUGGACUAUACUGAAACAUUCAGCCCGGUUAUCAAGCCUACCACCAUUCACUUAGUUUUGUCUCUUGCGGUUAGCCGUGGUUGGCCGAUCCGGUAGAUUGGUUUUAACAAUGCUUUUUUAUAGGGCAAUCUCUAUGAUGAAGUUUACAUGAUGCAACCUCCUGAUUUUGUUGAUUCUGUUCAUCGUACUCACAUAUGUCACUUACACAAGGCCAUUUAUGGCCUCAAACAGGCACUUCGUGCCUUGUACCAUAAGCUCAAAGUUUUUCCUCUUCAACUUGGUUUUUUCAACUCCCGAGCAGACACUUCUCUUUUUAUUUAUUCAUUCUCAUGCAGGUGCCACUAUUUACAUGCUGGUAUAAGUUGAUGAUAUUCUAAUUACCAUCAGCUCCUAUUCUAUUGUUGAUCAGCUCAUUCUCACUCUCGGCCAGAGUUUUUCUCUCAAGGAUCUUGGGGAUUUAUCAUUCUUUCUUAGAAUUGAGGUCAUCUCUCGCCCCGAUGGUAUUCUUCCAUCACAACAAUGGUACAUUUUGGAUCUUCUUGCUUGCACUAAUAAGGGCUCCUGUAAAGGUGUCUGUCUAUACACCACUUACUCCUCAGUCUAAGCUACGACUUAAUUCUGGACAGUCUUUACCUGACCCGGAAGCUUACCACUCAGUCGUUGGUUGUCUUCAAUAUUUGGCUCUUACUCACCCGAAUUUAUCAUAUGGUGUCAACAAACUUACACAAUUCAUGCAUCAUCCGACUGAUGAACACUGGGAAGUUGUAAAACGAACACUCUGGUACCUUCAGCAAACUAGUGAUCAUUGUCUAUUUAUUCGGUGUUCCUCUCCUCUUGCUUUACAAGCAUUUUCAUAUGCUGAUUGGGCUGACAAUCCAGAUGAUUAUACUUCUACAUGGGCAUUUUUUAUUUUUCUUGGAGUCAACGCCAUCUCCUGGAGCUCUCACAAACAACGAACGGUGGCUCGCUCCUCUACAGAAGCCGAGUACAUGUUUGCUGCAUCAACGGCUGCUGAAAUACGCUGGCUAAUAUCAACCUGUUAUUUAUUGUGAUAAUGUUGGUGCUACUCAUCUUAGUGCUAAUCCCGUUUUUCACUCUCGCGUGAAACAUCUUGCACUUUACUAUUAUUUCAUUUGUGAACAUGUUCAAGAUGGUAUCCUUAGUGUCACUUAUGUUUGCUUUGAUGAUCAACUCACAGACUCUCUUACCAAACCACUUUCUCGACGGCGAUUUCAAGAGUUACAUACCAAGAUUGGAGUUCUCUCCCACACUUCCAUCUUGUGGGGGCAUGAAUGCAUGAUAAGAGAAGCCUUUGUAAUAAUCUUAACAAUUGUCUAACGUAUUUAUUUAUUAGUCAUACUUAUCCAGUUAGUUAUUUGAUCCAUCUCCUAAUUGUAACUCUAUAUAUACGAGCAUACCCAAGUGUAAAUAUACAAUUCAAUUCCAUAAUUCCAAGUGUUGCAGCAUAAGCCUAAGCUAUAUAAAUUUUAUGGCAAUGUUUAAACAGAUUCAUUUCAAUGCACAUAAUAGUGAUGAAUCAAUUAAUUUUUAUGUGGGCAUCUAUCACCUCUUUAACCAAGAUAUAUGUAGUAUAUAUAACUAAGAGGAAUAAUCCUGUCCAGCCG